AUUUCCAACCUGGGUUUCUUCUUCCCAAUAGUCAAUUGAACCACCACCACAAAGUACACAACUCACUCUGCUGUGACACCGCCGGCGACGAUCUGCUUAACUCCUCAUCUUUCUCCGGCGACGACGUCUACUUAACAUAGAUGGACUGCAACAUUCUAUCAUUGAGUAGGUCCUGUAGCUUGGCUAGUAAUCUUCGGGCAAUUCCUACACGCAAUACUGUAUUUUAUCGGAAAUAUUCUUAUCUACCUGCAGGGUUAAUUCGUAAGUCAAUUAAGUGCUCAAUGAAGUCGUAUAAGUUAUCGGAGCUUACAACUUCUGAGGUUGACAGCCUCAAGGCUCGUCCUCGCAUUGACUUCUCCUCCAUUUUCGGCACUGUUCAACCCAUUGUUGACGAUGUUCGUAAUAGAGGUGAUGCUGCAGUUAAAGACUACACAUCACGGUUUGACAAAGUUGUACUGGAUAAGAUAGUUGAAGAUGUCAAUGAGCUUCCAGAUCCUGAGCUCGAUUCAUCUGUUCGAGAAGCAUUUGAUGUGGCAUAUAACAACAUAUAUGCCUUUCAUGCUGCUCAAAAGCCUGUUGAGAAAGUUGUGGAGAACAUGCAUGGCGUCAGAUGUAAACGUGUGGCUAGGAGCAUUGCCUCUGUUGGGCUUUACGUUCCCGGUGGAACUGCUGUUUUACCUUCUACAGCUCUGAUGCUUUCAGUUCCAGCACAGAUUGCUGGAUGUAAAACAGUUGUACUUGCAACUCCACCUUCUCGGGAUGGCAGUAUUUGCAAGGAAGUGCUUUAUUGUGCCAAGAAAGCAGGUGUGACCCACAUCCUUAAAGCUGGAGGCGCUCAGGCAAUUUCUGCAAUGGCCUGGGGCACUGAAUCAUGCCCAAAGGUUGAGAAGAUAUAUGGGCCUGGGAACCAGUAUGUCACUGCUGCAAAAAUGAUUCUGCAGAACAGCGAAGCGAUGGUUUCAAUUGACAUGCCUGCUGGGCCUUCCGAAGUCCUUGUUAUAGCUGACAAGCAUUCCAGUCCUGUCCAUGUGGCAGCAGAUUUACUUUCACAGGCGGAGCAUGGGCCAGAUAGCCAAGUCGUACUGGUUAUUGCUGGGGAUGGUGUUGAUCUAAAUUCCAUUCAAGAGGAAAUUAGGAAGCAAUGUCAAGCACUUCCAAGGGGAGAAUUUGCACUUAAGGCACUAAGCCACAGCUUCACUGUGUUAGCACGGGAUAUGCUUGAGGCAAUUUCCUUCUCAAACAUGUAUGCACCUGAGCAUCUGAUAAUCAAUGUGGAUGAAGCUGAGAAGUGGGAAAGUUUAAUUGAGAAUGCAGGUUCUGUAUUUAUGGGACAGUGGACACCUGAGAGUGUAGGAGAUUAUGCAAGUGGAACUAACCAUGUUCUUCCAACUUAUGGGUAUGCACGUAUGUAUGGUGGGGUCUCUUUGGACUCUUUCUUGAAGUACAUCACUGUGCAGUCUUUGACAGAAGAAGGGCUGAGGAAUCUUGGCCCUUACGUAGAGAAAAUGGCCGAAGUUGAGGGUCUGGAUGCCCACAAGAGGGCUGUAAGCCUCAGACUACAGGACAUAGAAGCGAGACAAGCAUCACACUCAAGAUGAUCCCUCGCUAUUUGUAUGCGUGAAAGAAUAAAUAUUGAGCAAUUCAACCUUUAUGCAAAUCUGAGGCUGUUUAUAGUUUUGUUGAGGGGGUUUGAGGCUCUAUAUUACCUGCACUCUGAUUUUUCUCAUUCCAAGUGUUGAAUUAAACACACAUUUUGAAGAAAAAACAGUAAUGGUAAUGGGUACCAUGGAUGAGCUAGUUCAUCUGCUGUAUUUGUUAGAAAUAAAUUCAAACCAAAUAUCUGAGAAGAUUUCAUAAAAUCCAGUAGUACUGAGUUUGAG